AUGGAUAACGACAAAAAACCUCCCCCACAAAGGAAACCUGGGGAGGAUGACACGCUUUUCGAUAUUGAUUUCUUAGACGAUGCUACUUCUCCCUCUGGAUCCCAUUCAAAGACUACCAGAUCACACGCGAAUACGAAUUAUGUACCAGCGGUUCAUGUAUUUCCCGAAGAGACCAUUGAUUUAGAUGCUGAUGACGAUAACAUUGAAAACGAUAUGCAUGAAAAUCCAUUCAUGAGUAACAAUGAUGAUGACCAAAUGUCUUGGAACGCUAAUAGGUUCGACUCAAGUGCAUAUCAACCACAAUCAUUAAGGGCAGGCAAACCUCCCGGUCUAUUCACUAGGUUUGGCAAUGGUAUUAAAAAUGCCUUUACGUUCAAACAGAAGAAAGGGCCCGAAAGUUUCGAGAUGAACCAUUACAAUGCGGUUACUAACAACGAAUUAGAUGACAGCUAUUCUAGUUCGAGGAAUAAGUUCAACAUCAAAAUCCUUUUCAAUCGGUAUGUUCUAAGAAAAAAUGUUGGUGACACAGAUGGGAAUGGUGAACCGCGUGUCAUUCACAUUAAUGACCCCCUAAUCAAUUCCUCAUUCGGUUAUAGCGACAAUCAUAUAUCCACUACAAAGUAUAACUUUGCUACCUUUCUCCCCAAGUUUCUAUUCCAAGAGUUCUCUAAAUACGCUAACUUGUUUUUCUUAUGUACAUCAGCUAUUCAACAAGUGCCCCAUGUCUCACCGACCAAUAGAUACACAACUAUUGGUACUUUGUUAGUGGUUUUAAUUGUGUCUGCCAUGAAGGAAUGUAUCGAAGAUAUCAAGAGAGCCAAUUCUGAUAAAGAGUUAAAUAAUUCGACAGCAGAAAUAUUUUCAGAAGCACAUGAUGACUUUGUUGAGAAACGAUGGAUCGAUAUUCGUGUAGGUGACAUAAUCAGAGUUAAAUCAGAGGAACCUAUUCCUGCAGAUACCAUAAUUCUAUCUUCUUCCGAGCCAGAAGGUCUUUGCUAUAUUGAAACUGCGAACUUGGAUGGUGAAACCAAUUUGAAGAUUAAACAGUCUAGAGUGGAAACUGCCAAAUUUAUCGAUGCUAGAACCCUGAAGAACAUGAAGGGAAAAGUUGUUUCCGAGCAACCAAACUCUAGCUUGUAUACAUAUGAGGGUACUAUGACAUUGAAUGAUCUUCAAAUACCGUUAUCCCCUGAACAGAUGAUUUUGAGAGGUGCAACCCUGAGAAACACCGCCUGGAUAUUUGGUCUAGUUAUUUUUACCGGUCACGAAACUAAAUUAAUGCGCAAUGCUACUGCAACUCCAAUUAAGAGAACCGCGGUCGAGAAAAUCAUUAACAGGCAGAUUAUUGCAUUGUUCACGGUUUUAAUUGUGUUGAUUUUGAUUUCUUCUAUUGGUAACGUUAUUAUGUCUACUGCAGACGCCAAACAUUUGUCCUAUCUUUAUCUGGAAGGAACCAAUAAAGCUGGCUUAUUCUUCAAAGAUUUUUUAACAUUUUGGAUUCUAUUUUCUAAUUUAGUCCCUAUUUCUUUAUUUGUUACCGUUGAAUUAAUCAAAUAUUAUCAAGCUUUUAUGAUUGGCUCAGAUUUAGAUUUGUACUAUGAGAAAACUGAUACACCAACCGUGGUUCGUACAUCAUCUUUGGUUGAAGAGCUUGGUCAGAUUGAAUAUAUCUUCAGUGACAAAACAGGAACUUUAACAAGAAAUAUCAUGGAAUUUAAAUCAUGCUCUAUUGCGGGUCAUUGUUAUAUUGAUAAAAUACCCGAAGAUAAACAUGCUACCGUCGAAGAUGGAAUUGAAGUUGGUUAUAGAAAAUUUGAUGAUUUGAAGAGAAAGCUAAAUGAUCCAUCUGACGAGGAUUCACCUAUAAUUAAUGACUUCUUGACAUUACUAGCUACAUGUCAUACUGUUAUUCCAGAGUUCCAAAGCGAUGGAUCUAUUAAAUAUCAAGCAGCUUCUCCAGAUGAAGGCGCGCUUGUUCAAGGUGGUGCAGAUUUGGGGUACAAGUUUAUAAUCCGUAAACCAAACUCUGUAACUGUAUUACUAGAGGAAACUGGUGAGGAAAAAGAAUAUCAACUGCUAAACAUUUGUGAGUUUAAUUCUACAAGGAAAAGAAUGAGUUCCAUAUUUAGAUUUCCGGAUGGUUCAAUAAAACUUUUUUGUAAAGGCGCAGAUACUGUCAUUUUAGAAAGAUUGGACGAUGAAUCUAACCAAUAUGUGGAAGCUACAAUGAGACAUUUGGAAGAUUAUGCAUCUGAAGGGUUGAGGACGUUAUGUUUGGCCAUGAGAGACAUAUCUGAAAAAGAAUAUGAAGAAUGGAAUAAUAUUUACAAUGAGGCCGCGACUACGUUAGAUAACAGAGCAGAAAAGUUAGAUGAGGCAGCAAAUCUCAUCGAGAAAAAUCUGAUAUUGAUCGGCGCGACCGCUAUCGAAGAUAAGUUACAGGAUGGUGUCCCAGAGACUAUCCAUACGUUGCAAGAAGCGGGUAUCAAAAUCUGGGUUUUAACUGGUGACAGACAAGAAACUGCUAUCAAUAUUGGUAUGAGUUGCCGAUUAUUGAGUGAAGACAUGAAUUUGUUGAUCAUCAACGAGGAAACCAAAGCUGCAACUGAGAGAAAUUUGCUGGAAAAGAUUAAUGCCCUCAAUGAGCAUCAAUUGUCAGCACAUGAUAUGAAUACUUUAGCGCUCGUAAUUGAUGGUAAAUCAUUAAGCUUUGCCUUAGAACCAGAAUUAGAAGAUUACUUGUUAACUGUGGCGAAACUUUGUAAAGCAGUUAUUUGUUGCCGUGUAUCUCCACUGCAAAAGGCUUUAGUGGUUAAAAUGGUAAAAAGAAAAUCAUCUUCACUAUUACUAGCUAUCGGUGAUGGUGCCAAUGAUGUUAGCAUGAUCCAAGCAGCUCAUGUUGGUGUCGGUAUUAGUGGUAUGGAGGGUAUGCAGGCUGCUCGUUCUGCUGACAUAGCUGUCGGCCAAUUCAAGUUUCUAAAAAAACUAUUACUGGUUCAUGGUUCUUGGUCUUACCAAAGAAUUUCUGUUGCAAUUCUGUAUUCCUUCUACAAGAAUACAGCUUUAUACAUGACACAGUUCUGGUACGUUUUUGCCAAUGCCUUUUCAGGUCAAUCAAUUAUGGAGUCAUGGACAAUGAGUUUUUAUAACUUGUUCUUCACUGUUUGGCCCCCAUUUGUCAUUGGUGUCUUCGAUCAAUUUGUUAGUAGUAGAUUACUUGAACGUUAUCCACAAUUAUACAAAUUAGGACAGAAGGGUCAGUUUUUCUCUGUCUACAUUUUUUGGGGGUGGAUUAUUAAUGGUUUUUUCCAUUCUGCAAUAGUAUUUAUUGGCACCAUACUGAUUUAUAGAUACGGGUUUGCCUUAAAUAUGCAUGGUGAACUAGCUGAUCACUGGUCUUGGGGUGUAGCUGUUUACACUACAAGUGUUAUUAUUGUUUUAGGGAAGGCUGCCUUAGUGACCAACCAAUGGACGAAAUUUACCUUAAUCGCCAUUCCUGGAUCCUUCUUAUUCUGGUUGAUUUUCUUCCCAAUCUAUGCCUCUAUAUUUCCUCAUGCCAAUAUUUCAAGAGAGUAUUAUGGUGUGGUUAAACACACUUAUGGGUCCGGUGUAUUUUGGCUAACUUUGAUUGUUUUACCCAUUUUUGCUUUGGUAAGGGACUUUUUAUGGAAGUACUACAAAAGAAUGUAUGAACCAGAAACGUAUCAUGUUAUUCAAGAAAUGCAAAAAUACAAUAUCAGUGAUUCUAGACCGCACGUUCAGCAAUUCCAAAAUGCUAUCAGGAAGGUGAGACAAGUGCAAAGGAUGAAAAAACAAAGAGGAUUUGCCUUCUCACAAGCAGAGGAAGGGGGUCAAGAAAAAAUUAUCAGAAUGUAUGAUACUACCCAAAAGAGAGGUAAGUACGGUGAGUUACAAGAUGCUUCGGCAAACCCAUUCAGUGAUAAUAAUGGGCUAGAAAGUAAUGGCUUUGAAAGUCCUGAACCGUUCACUGAAAACCCGUUUGCGGAUGACAUUCAAAAUCCAAAUAGGUCCAAUUCCUCGAGAGACGAUUUUUCAUUUGAUUUAUAA